CUAAUAAAAAAAUUGUGUCUGAAUAUAUUGAAAAUAUUGAAAUAAUUCUAUUACAAGAUCUAAAUGAAUACAUUGUAGAAAUGAUAUACAAUCUUGAAAAUAAUGCCAAGUUAUCUUUUACAAUCCAAGUCGAUGUUAAUAUGACUGAUCAAAAUCUCAAUCUGAAAUCAAUUGCAAGUGUAAUUGUCAAUAGUAUUGAGGAAAGUGAUGUAAUAGUUAAACUUAAACACGAAAUUCUCCACAAAAGAUUAAUCGACAAUUCAACACCCAUGGAAAACAAACAAGAAAUUAAGGAAAAUAUUCAUUUAGAUCCUAAUUUUUAUAAGACUGAUAAUGAUCAUGUUAAUUCAGCAUAUUUAUUACUUAAAUCAGACCAAACUGCUGGUUGCGAGCUUUGCUAUGAGUUAAUGACUAGUCAAAUAACUGCAAUUGGGUUUAUUACAUCCUUGUAUAGUAAAAUUCAACCAAUGUCUAAAAUUCACUGUGAUGCUACUUACAAAACUGCAAAAAGACGAUUCAAAUUGCAUGGCCUUAUUUGUAGUUUUAAAGAUGCAGUGUAUCCACUGGCCUACUUAAUUUUAGAUACUAAUAAAGUUUCUGAUAGUGAAUCACAAGAGAAAAGAUGA